AGCGCGCAGGCAUCCAGCGCGUAUCUGUGGCAGUGAGACCCUGGGAGCAAGAGAGGUACGAUCAUCCGCUCAAUACAGACAUAACUUUUCAAGGUAACUGACACGUCUUGAAGUAAACCAAGAGAAAGACACCGGAAACCCUGAAAGGUGACCAUAGUGAACUUGGACAGGGAGAAGGAAAAGGGAGGCCACAGUACAUUAUAGACUCCGCUAUACUCAGAGGCAGUCUCUCCAUCUUCCUUUGACUUUGGUCCUACCAGAGAGAGAAGCAGAGAGGCUGUGUGUCCAGAGCGCUCCAGUCCAGUCUCUAGAGGUCUAUCCUGCUGCUAUGGCCCGUGAGUUUGCUGCGUCCUACUGGUGAGCGAGGGGCAUCAGAGGGCAGAAGACAUGUUGGGACAGAGGCCUGGGGACUGCACUGAAGCUUGCUGUAGUAACCAUGGAAACGGUAUGGAGGAACUUUGCCUGCAUUGUUGUCAUCAUCGUCAUGGUUGCCACCGAGGUCGCAGAAAGUCAGACUGCUGAAAAGUUCACCCAGUCACACGCUACGUUCCUGUCUAGCCUGGGCCAGUAUGAGAUCGCCAUCCCGGUUCGCGUAGGGCCGCAGGGCGAGACCCUGCACACAGGGGAUGGGGGUGCAGACAGCCCCAACCACCAUCGGCGGAGCCGCCGCAGUGCUGAGAACCAGCAACAGGACCUGUCCCAGCUGUACUACCAGCUCUCUACCCCCACAACCAACUUUCUCCUCAACCUGACCCUGCAGGGGGGCCUGCUGUCCCGUCAGUUCCGUGUAGAGUACUGGAGGAGGGGCCGUCUGGCCUGGAGCCACCCUUAUGCCCCCCAGUGUCUCUAUGUAGGCCAUCUGCAGGAUCAGCCCCACUCUAGCAAGGUGGCUCUCAGCAACUGUAAUGGCCUGCAGGGGGUGAUCGUGGCAGGGGGUGAGGAGUAUAUCAUCGAGCCUCUGACCCCGGCCGAAAACCUCACGAGGGCGGAGAGGGGGGAGAGCCAACCCCAUGUGGUCUACAAGAGGUCAUCUCUUCGCCACCAGUACAUGGACCAAUCCUGUGGGGUCAUCGAUGAGAAGCCAGGGAAAGGUAUGGCCUGGUGGCAGAGGACUCUGAAGACACCUCCCAACCCCAUCGGCCGAGGCCAGCUGCCCCUGAAGAGGUCUGUGAGCAGAGAGCGCUACGUAGAAACACUGGUGGUGGCCGACAAGAUGAUGGUGGGGUACCACGGCCGCCGGGACAUCGAGCAGUACAUCCUGGCUGUCAUGAAUAUUGUUGCCAAACUGUUCCAGGAUUCUAGCCUGGGGAAUGCAGUGAACAUCGUGGUGACCCGCCUCAUCCUGCUCAUGGAGGACCAGCCGACUUUAGAGAUAAACCACCAUGCAGGGAAGUCCCUGGACAGCUUCUGUAAGUGGCAGAAAUCCAUCCAGAACCGGAAUGGCAAUGGGAACGCCAUCCCAGACAACGGCAUUGCUCACCACGACACUGCCGUGCUCAUCACCAGGUACGACAUCUGCAUCUACAAGAACAAGCCAUGUGGAACCCUAGGUCUAGCUCCAGUGGGGGGGAUGUGUGAGCCAGAGAGGAGCUGCAGUAUCAACGAGGAUAUCGGGCUGGCCACAGCCUUCACCAUCGCCCACGAGAUAGGACACACGUUUGGGAUGAACCAUGACGGAGUGGGCAACGCCUGUGGCUCCCGCAGUCAGGAGACAGCCAAGCUGAUGGCUGCACACAUCACCAUGAAGACCAACCCCUUCGUCUGGUCUGCCUGCAGCCGAGACUACAUCACCAACUUCCUGGACUCAGGUAUGGGUUCAUGCCUCAACAACGUCCCCCCGAAGCAGGAGUUUGUGUACCCCACCACGGCCCCCGGCCAGGCCUACGAUGCAGACGAGCAGUGCCGCUUCCAGUACGGAGUGAAGUCUCGGCAGUGUAAAUACGGGGAAGUCUGCAGUGAGCUGUGGUGCAUGAGCAAGAGCAACCGCUGCAUCACCAGCAGCAUACCCGCUGCAGAAGGAACCAUCUGUCAAACCAAUACCAUAGAGAAAGGGUGGUGCUAUAAGAGGGUGUGUGUGGCCUACGGGACCCGGCCAGAGGGCGUGGACGGCGGGUGGGGUCUCUGGACCCCCUGGGAGGAGUGCAGCCGUACCUGUGGGGGAGGAGUGUCCUCCUCCAUCCGCCAUUGUGACAGCCCCAGGCCAACGAUUGGUGGAAAGUAUUGUCUGGGAGAGAGGAAGCGCUUCAGAUCGUGCAAUAUUGAUGAGUGCCCUGCAGGCUCUCAGGAUUUCCGGGAGAUUCAGUGCUCCGAUUUCGACAACGUUCCUUUCCGGGGGAAAUUCUACACCUGGCAACCCUACAGAGGAGGUGCGUACAGUGGAGUGAAGUCCUGCUCUCUGAACUGCCUGGCGGAGGGAUAUAACUUCUACACAGAGCGUGCUCCGGCUGUGGUGGACGGGACCCCAUGUCGGGACGACUCUCUGGAUGUCUGUGUGAAUGGAGAGUGCAAGCACGUGGGCUGUGACCGGAUCCUGGGCUCGGAUGUGCGGGAGGACCGCUGCCGUAUCUGCGGGGGUGACGGGAGCAACUGUGAGGCCAUAGAGGGCRUCUUCAAUGACUCCUUGCCUGAAGGAGGUUAUGAAGAGGUGGUCAGAAUCCCCAAAGGAUCUACCUUCAUUCAUAUUCAGGAGCUCAACGUCUCCCUCAACUACCUAGUGCUGAAGAGUAAAGGGGACCAGUACUUCAUCAAUGGGAAGCUGACCAUCGACACCCCUCGUAGGUUCGACAUCGCAGGGACCACCUUCCACUACCGCCGACCCACUGAUGAGCCUGAGACCCUGGAGGCCCUGGGGCCCACCAACAUGACCCUCAUCGUCAUGGUGCUGGUGAGGGACGAGAACCCAGGGAUCCACUACCGCUUCAACCCUCCAGUCAACAGAGACCCUCUGACUGGAUACGCCUGGCACUACACAUCCUGGUCCCGCUGCUCCGCACUCUGCGCUGGGGGUGGUCAGAUCCAGCAGGUAGUGUGUAAGAAGCAAGCUGAUCACUCCGUGGUCUACAACCACUUCUGUGACAAGAAGAGCAAACCCAAAGACAAGAAGCGAGGCUGCAACUCUGAGCCAUGCUCCCCAAGCUGGGGGUCUGGGGAGUGGUCUGAGUGCAGUCGUAGCUGUAACGGGGGCCUGAGGACCAGAGAGGUGCUGUGUAAGAGGAAGAUCUCUCCUACAGAGGAGAAGGUSCAGGACGACGGCGCCUGUACCCUCCCACGACCACCCCUCACUGAACCCUGCAACAACCACACCUGCCCCCCAGAGUGGCUGGCCCUGAACUGGUCAGAGUGUAAUCCCAGCUGUGGUCCAGGGUUCAGGCACCGUGUCCUUCUGUGUAAGAGGGGGGAAAGUGGAGACACACUGCCAGAGUCCCAGUGUCCCAAGUAUGGGCGUCCCACCACCAGGGUGCGCUGUAACCUGCAGCGCUGCCCACCCCCCAUGUGGGUCACAGGGCCCUGGGGAGAGUGCUCAGCCAAUUGUGGUCUGGGUCAGGAGAUGCGCUCUGUGCAGUGUCUUGUACAUAACGGCCAGCCGUCCAAUGAGUGCCCAGACCUCCUGCGCCCGGCAGCCAUGCAGCAGUGCAAGAGCAAAUGUGACCUCAGCAGCCUACCCAUGGACAUCCCUGAGGGUGACCCUGAAGAGUGUAAAGAUGUGAACACAGUGGCGUACUGCCCCCUAGUGCUCAGGUUUAAGUUCUGCAGCCGCCCCUACUUCAGACAGAUGUGCUGUAAGACCUGCCAAGGACACUGACCCCUGAUCUAGAGUGAGAACCAGACCCAUACUCAGUCAUCCCCAGCGGGACCAGACCAGACCGCCUGAGCUGAACAUUCCACAGGGGGAGGGACUGACAAGCCAUCGCACCGCAGAGCAGCCUCUCUGACAUCAGGGGAGGGUGAGAGAGAGAACUGUGCUUUUAUCCCCCACUCUGAAAUUGCCCUAACUGAUACCAGCUGUGGGGGCACUGCUGUGAAGACCAGAUGGGCUGCUGGGAUACCUCUGUUUUUAUGUCCUUAUAUCCUUAUUAGUGUUUGGUGCUACUAUCAUUGCCAUGCUGGCCACAGGACUGGCCAAAGUACUCUGUUCAGCUUAGUUACGUUUCUCUGUUGUUUAUUAAGUGGCCCAAUCUUACCCUGAGACACUGUCCAUACGGACCUUUACUUGUAUAUUUACAGACGUUGUUCUAUGUGUACACAAUCUACACUGUACAAAUGAAAUUUACCUGAUACUUUAUCACUUACCAAAUGUAAAUGUUAAUAUUAGUUAUCUGGUGGCUGUUGUCAACUCACGUGGUCUUCUAUGUUAUCUUGUCAAUGCUUUGUCUCAGAACUAAAUCUUUAUGAAUUAUUUUUAAUAUUAUGCUUUUUGAAAAGGGUUUGAUUUGCACAAAGUAUGGCUAGUCAUAAGGAUACUGUAUGUUUAGUUAUUUGGGACUUGUCUCGACGACUCUACUUAACACUAAGGUUCUCCAUCCACGGUCCGGUCUAUGCUCAUAACCGUUUACUCACCACUGUCUUGUCAUUUUAUGGGACCCAGCAAGGGCUGGUCAAUGGUCGGUUCAGUUCACAUCUAGCAGCUGACCUCAACACAUCUCUCAUACUGUAGCCCUUACUGUACACAUUUAGAUACAGGCAAACGUACCGUGGCCUUACUGUACACRUUUAGAUACAGGCAAACGUACCGUGGCCUCAUCAAUGUGAAAAAUGCUACAUGGUUCUCUGUACUAGUCACGUAUACAGUGAGUGGAAAAGUGUCCAUCACUGAGUAAACCACUUCCAACAACCGAUUCGAUCGGAACAGAGACCCUCACAUGUCCUCUGGUCUUAAGUGGUCCUUCUGUCUGAUAGCAUGGCCCUGCUGCGCCUUUAAUGGUCAACCAGUUAACUUCGGUUUUUAAUAUGCUGCAUGUACAGUGAAGGCCUUUUUACACAUCCAUCCAUGUAUUGAGCUCACACCCAGAACCAGCCCUUGCAGUAUGUCCGCUCUGGUUUCUAUUGGAGUAACUAGGUUGUUAUUACUCUCCUGAUGGUGCUUUGGAAUGGUGCUAUUUCUUAGCUAAUUAUUGUCGUUAUUUGUUGUCAUUCUGUUGAACAUAGUGUUUUUUGUUGAGGUUGGUGCUAAAGAAAUAGUGCUAUAUCAGUUUGUGAGAAGAGGAGUUAACCCUUUAUUUCCUUACCUACAGUAACUCAGUAUGGGACAGACCCAUAAGUUACCAAACAUUCAGUCUCUUAUCAAACUGGGUGUCAGCACACUGACUGAUACUUUACUAUCUCACAAAAACCAUAACAAAACUGUUUAAUAAAACAUACCGUCUUAUUUGACUGUCUAAAUAUGUAAGCUACAUUUUCUAUUUUGAACCAUCUGUGUCUAUGGUCACGGUGUGACCUCAGAGGCAAACCAUUUUAUCAAAUGUUAGGGACAAUGUUGUUUUCAGAUGCUUAUUAUUACAUAUAUGUACUGUGUUUUAAUUACUACAGAAUUAUUCCUCCGUUCCCCAUGUACAACCAUUGAAAUGAACAUAUUAAAGUGAAUAAAUAUGGCGCAUUGUUAAUAAAUG